AUGAAAACCAACCAAGAUUUCUUCUCCUUGCAUUUCUGCUUACUGGGGACAGCUCAGCUCAGCCUUAUUUAUGGAAAAGCUGAAUUAUUAAAGGAGGUUCCAUAUGUCUUUAUAUUAUCUCCAUCACUGUGCUAUUUAUUGAUAGAAAUCAUCUUACUCCCCGCUGUUAGCGAACAAAGCCAUUGGAAAAUCCCUAUUUUUGGAAAAAAUAUAAAAAAAUUUUUUAUAUAUAGGGCUAUAAUUAAUUAGUAUAAUGAAAUAUCAUUCUUAUUUUGUUAAUCAUUUUUUAAAACAGAAAUUUUAUAAUUUUAGCUUUACACAAUUUUGUGAAUUAAGUUUUUUUUCAACUUCAAAAAAAAAAUACUAUAAUCUUUAUGAAUAGUUUCUUUUAAAAAAAAUUAACCUAUCCGUUAGCGAAACACAAUUUUUUUGUUCGCUAGAGAUGGAGGAGUUAGCUAUUAUAGAGAUUAUUAAUUCUGAAGAAGUCACUCAAUCAGAAGCCUUAAAAAUUUUGAUAAAAUUUGCAACACUUGGACUUGCUUUUACAAGUAUCAUUUUUUUGAUAGAAAGCAUGGAUUCAGGGUUUGAAUCGCUAGUCCCGAUAUUAUUACCUUUAUUUUUAAUACUUGCAAUGCAUAGCUCAUGUAGAGUACUGCAUAAGCCUCCACCAAUAAUUUCAUCAAUCCUCAAUAUAUUACCGCCUACAUUAUCUGUUUGCACUAUAAAUGGGACAUGCAGCUCAAUGUAUGUAUCUUUAUUUUCUUCCGUUUUUAGUGCAUUUGGGGCAUCUAUAUCAGAUUUUAUUACAAUUUUAAACCCUUUGACCUAUCUUUUGCUAUUCUUGACAAUACUUUCACUUUUUUUUUCAAAGCACUCAAUAAAGCAUCCACCUUUUCUUUUGGGAUUAUUUUCAACAGUUGGAAUAUUAUUAUUCCAAUAUCUAGAUUUAUUUAUGAUGAUUUUAAUGUCAAAUGGCUUGCUAAUGGUAUCUGUAUUAUGGAAUAAUCAAAUGAUAAAAGUCGGGGAAUUCAAACGUAUUUAA